CCUGAUACUGUUCCAAGUCUAAAGGACAGGGUUUCUAAUAUCACUGCUAAAGGAUCCCUGCUGACUCUUGCGGAGAUGGAGAAAACUAACCUGGAAUGGCAGAGGUUUAAUGGCUCUCUGCCCGACGGAGCAGUUUCAAUCUACAAUGACUAUGUUGGACGCACCGACUAUGUUGCCAAAUAUGGGUGCAGUGCUGGCUUCUACAACCCUGACAAGGGUCCUCACUGCUACUAUGCCUAUGGAGACAAAGAGCAUCAAGGCUCCCCAUUCCUGGUGAACAGAGACAACUUCGAGUUUCUGGAAUGGAAGGAUGGCGACCACGGGUCAGUGCCUCAGAAUUCAGUCAGCAUCGGCCCCGGCAUGGAAAUAUAUGUUGGGAAGAACAAGUAUGGUCUCGGGAAGGUGGAUGUUAAAAAUACAGCCUUCUUCCUUCCCUGGGAAGGUUCUGAGCAUUGGUACAAGACCUACGAGGUCCUGACCCUCAACAAAGAAGUAAUAAGGGAACGCAUAUUUGAAGUCAAGUAUAAGACUGAUGAUAUUAACAUCAUUAAGAAUCCUCCAGAGACCCUGGACAAGAGUGUCAUCACCAACCAUGACCGCAAUCCAGUGACAGGGACAGCUAAGCUCGAAAAGAAAACCAUAAAGGAGCAAAGAUGGGACACCAGCUUUUCCUUCACAAUGGGCGUCACCACAAGCAUCACUGCCGGAGUGCCCGAAGUUUGCUCUGUAGGUGUCGAAGUAAGCAUGGAGACGACCCAAGAGUACAGCCAGGGGAGCAGUAUCACCGAGGACACCACCCACUCUCUUGCUGUAGAGUACACUGUCCCACCAGAACACACCUGCACAGUCAGGAUGGUGGGGUAUAAGUACAUCGCUGACAUCCCAUUCACUGCACGUGUUGAGCGUACCUACAGAAAUGGGAAGACCAGAUUCACAACCAUCACCGGGACAUACAAAGGCGUCCAAAUUGGAGAUAUCCGGGCUGUGGUGGAUCGUGCUGAACCUCUACCUAAGCCAUAACCAAUAAUGUAAGAGGCACCAAGGGAUACAGUACCUGACAUAUUGUAUGUUGGAUACCUAAAAUAUUGUAAUGAAAAGCUGAAAAUAUAUCUGCCUAUGUGUGUUAUAUGUCUUACCAUACUUUAUAAGACAAUACAACGAAUCAAAGCAAUACUAGAUAAACUUACCUCUGUCUUAGCUGUGGUAGUUUCCAGCUAUGAUCCUCAAAGUGGUUUCUUUGAAAUGAACCCUGGGUUUUGACAGAUCUGGGGAAAACGGCAUUUUCCUACUAUGCACAUUGGGGAACAGAAUAAUCUGUAAGAAGAUCUAAAAAUAGGAACUUCUGUAUCCACUGAAUAAUAUAAGGGUAUCAUAACAAAUGUGGUGAUGGAUGCAUGUGUUUGUUUUUUUCUGUCAAAUAAUUUUUGUCUAUCAUGUUGUAUUUUAAGGGUCCUGUGUGUUGGAUUUAGGGAGAUGUACUGGCAUAAAUGGAAUAUAAUGUUAAUAACUAUGUUUUCAUUAGUGUAUAACCACCUGAAACUACAAAUUUCUUUUCAUUACUUUAGAAUAAGUCAUUUAUAUCUAUAUAUGGAGCGGGUUGUUUCUCCAGUAGCUCUCUCUAGUACAGUAAAGGUUUAUUUAGGUUUUUAAA